AUGCUGCACACCGAGGGUCACGCUCUGCUUCGGGCUGUGGGUCAGGGUAAGCUACGUUUGGCCCGUUUGCUUCUGGAGGGGGGCGCCUACGUGAAUGAGGGCGAUGCCCAGGGGGAGACUGCGCUAAUGGCGGCCUGUCGGGCCCGCUACGACGACCCCCAGAACAAGGCGCGCAUGGUACGCUACCUCCUGGAGCAAGGCGCGGACCCCAACAUCGCAGACCGCCUAGGGCGCACGGCUCUCAUGCAUGCUUGCGCCGGAGGUGGGGGCGCCGCGGUGGCUUCGCUGCUCCUGGAGCACGGCGCAGACCCCUCCGUCAGAGAUCACGCGGGCGCCUCGGCGCUUGUCCACGCCCUGGACCGUGGGGAUCGCGAGACCCUCGCCACACUGCUGGACGCCUGCAAGGCCAAGGGCACGGAGGUCAUCAUCAUCACCACCGAUACGUCGCCCUCGGGCACCAAGAAGACGCGGCAGUAUCUCAAUUCUCCACCGUCCCCGGGGGUGGAGGAUCCUGCUCCCGCUCCACCUAGCCCGGGAGUCUGCACGUCGCCUUCAGAAAUCCAGUUGCAGACUGCAGGAGGAGGAGGGCGUGGUUUGUUGUCCCCUCGCGCCCAGGAGGAGGAGGAGAAGCGGGACGUAUUCGAAUUCCCUCUUCCUAAACCCCUCGAUGACCCUUCCCCUUCUGAGCCUCUCCCCAAACCGCCCCGCCACCCCCCGAAACCACUCAAAAGGCUCAACUCCGAGCCCUGGGGCCUGGUGGCCCCUCCACAGCCGGUUCCGCUCGCCGAAGGGAGGCCGGGGAUCGAGCGCUUGACCGCCGACUUCAACGGGCUGACCCUGAGCGGCAGACCCCGUCUUUCCCGACGUCACAGCACCGAAGGCCCGGAGGACCCGCCCCCGUGGGCGGAGAAAGUGACGGGCGGGGGGCCUCUCUCGCGCCGGAACACAGCGCCCGAGGCUCAGGAGUCUGGCCCAGCUUCGGGGUUGAGGCAGAAGCUCAGCCGCAUGGAGCCGGUGGAGCUCGACACCCCCGGACAUCUUUGCCCGGACUCGCCCGAGUCCAGCCGCCUGUCCCUGGAGCGUCGCCGAUACAGCGCCUCCCCGCUGACCCUCCCUCUAGCCGGCUCGGCUCCCUCCCCGCGCCAGUCCCAGGAGAGUCUGCCGGGGGCUGUAUCGCCGCUGAGCGGACGGAGGCGGAGCCCCGGGCUGCUGGAGCGGAGGGGCUCCGGGACGUUGCUCCUGGACCACAUCUCGCAAACGCGCCCAGGUUUCCUGCCUCCGCUCAACGUCAGCCCCCACCCUCCCAUCCCCGACAUUCGCCCCCAAGCCGGAGGUCGGGCGCCUUCGCUGCCUGCCCCUCCGCAUGCGGGGGCGCCAGGCUCUCCCAGGACCAAGCGCAAGCUGGUGAGACGCCACUCCAUGCAGACUGAGCAGCUACGCCUGCUAGGGGGCUUCCAGAGUCUAGGCGGGCCAGGGGAGCCAGGGCGUUGA